ACGCCGGGUCAGCGCAUUCCAAGCGCCCCUGGAGCGUCCUGGGGCUUGGGCCACGCAGUGUCACUCUUGUAGCGUAUGCCUGGAGGUGAUGAGGUUUUUGUUGCUGUAUGCGACACAGCAAGGCCAGGCAAAGGCCAUAGCAGAAGAAAUAUGUGAGCAAGCUGCAGCACAUGGAUUUUCUGCAGAUCUGCACUGCAUUAGUGAGUCGGAUAAGUAUGACCUGAAAACGGAGACAGCUCCCCUCGUUGUCGUUGUUUCCACCACUGGCACCGGAGACCCGCCCGACACAGCCCGCAAGUUCGUUAGGGCAAUACAGGACAGGACCCUGCCGGCCGACUUCUUUGCUCACCUGCGGUAUGGCCUACUGGGUCUGGGAGAUUCAGAGUACACGUACUUCUGUAACGGGGGGAAAGUCAUCGAUAAGCGACUUCAAGAGCUGGGAGCCCGACAUUUCUAUGACACCGGACAUGCAGACGACUGUGUGGGUUUAGAGCUCGUGGUUGAGCCGUGGAUUGCCGGGCUCUGGGCCGCCCUCACCAAGCACUUCGCGUCAAGUGGAGGACGCUCAGAGAUGAGUGGCGCCCCGCCAGUGGCCGUGCCCAGGACAGACCCCGUGAAACCCGAGUUACUGCACGUUGGCGCACAAAUCGAGCUUCUGCGAUUGGACGACUCGGGAAGAAAGGACUCUAAGGUUUUGAACCAAAAUGCCGUGAAUAGCAGUCAGUCGAGUGCUUUGAUUGAAGACUUUGAAUCCUCACUCACCUGUUCCGCACCCCCACUCUCUCAAGCCUCUCUGAAUAUCCCUGCCUCACCCCCAGAAUAUUUACACGUGGAUCUGCGGGAGUCUCUUGGCCAGGAAGAAAACCAUGCAUCUGUGACUCCAGCGGAUCCUAUUUUUCAAGUUCCAAUUUCAAAGGCAGUUCGACUCACUACAGAAGAUGCCAUAAAAACCACUCUGCUAUUGGAACUAGAUGUUUCAGAAGCAAAUUUUUCCUAUCAACCUGGAGAUGCCUUCAAUGUGAUCUGUCCUAACAGCGAUUCUGAGGUGGAAAGCCUGCUCCAGAGACUACAGCUGGCAGAGAAAAGAAAGCACUGUGUCCUCGUGACAGUUAAGGCCGACACAAAGAAGAGAGGAGCAGCAGUGCCCCCGCACAUACCUGAGGGGUGUUCUCUUCAGUUCCUGCUCACCUGGUGUCUUGAGAUACGAGCAGUUCCUAAAAAGGCGCUGCUGCGAGCCCUCGUGGACUACACCAGCGACAGUGCCGAGCAGCGGAGACUGCAGGAGCUGUGCAGUAGACAGGGAGCGGCGGAUUACGGCCAUUUUGUACGAGACGCCUGUGCCUGCCUGCUGGACCUCCUCCUGGCUUUUCCGUCCUGUCGGCCGCCACUCGGCCUCCUCCUUGAACAUCUCCCUAAACUUCAACCCAGACCAUAUUCAUGUGCAAGCUCAAGUCUGUUUCACCCAGGGAAACUUCAUUUUGUUUUUAACAUUGUGGAGUAUCCAUCUAACACCACAAUGGCGGUUUUGCGGAGGGGAGUAUGCACAGGCUGGCUGGCCACGUUGGCUGCCUCGGUUCUUCAGCCAGACACACAGGAGUCACCUGUAGACAGCGGAAAAGCCCUGGCUCCUCAGAUCUUCAUUGCUCCUCGAACAACACAUUCUUUCCACUUACCCAGCGACUCCACAGCCCCUGUCAUCAUGGUGGGUCCAGGAACCGGCAUCGCACCCUUUAUUGGUUUCCUGCAGCAUAGAGAAAAACUCCAAGAACAACAUCCGGAUGGAAAUUUUGGAGCAAUGUGGUUGUUUUUCGGCUGCAGACAUAAGGACAGGGAUUACUUAUUCAGAGAAGAACUCAGACGUUUCCUUGAACGUGGGAUAUUAACUCAUCUGAAGGUUUCCUUCUCAAGAGACGCUGCUGUGGGGAGGGAGGAAGCCCCGAAGUACGUACAUGACAACAUCCGGCUCCACAGCAAACAGGUGGCUGGACUCCUCCUUCACGAGAACGGUUAUGUCUACGUGUGCGGAGAUGCUAAGAAUAUGGCCAAGGAUGUAAAUGAAACCCUUGUGGAAAUAAUAAGCAAAGAGGUUGGAGUGGAAAAACUAGAAGCAAUGAAAACACUGGCUACUUUAAAAGAAGAAAAACGGUAUCUUCAGGAUAUUUGGUCAUAAAACCAGAAGCUAAGGGAAGAAGAAAAUUUUUUUUGGUUGAAGAUAUUCAAAUAACAAUUUUACUAAAACUUUUUUUAAAAAAAAGUUUUUGCCUUAGGGCACAUGCGUUCACCAGAGAGAGACAGAGAUAGCAAAAGGGAAAUUGAGAAAUCACCACCC